UGAUGGAUCUUACGGGAAUCAGACAGGAGUUGGAGAUGCUCAAGCAGGACCUAGAGCACAACAAGAAGGACAUCAAACGGAGGAGGAACGGACAUAUGUCUGGCGCUGCUGCCGGCUUUGUGAACGUGAUCCGUGUUUUUACGGACUACGGCCUCGCCACCACCGCCGGAGUUGGCACGGGACUGGUGUUAGCGGCAGGGGCGCUGAACUCUGUCGCCACAGUUGGACAUGUGAGCACAGCAGUGUGGUGCCAGAAAGACCUCAACAUGAUAGAGGAGCGUCUUGUGAGGGUGAAGGAAUAUGAAGAAAGAGCAAAGAAUAUCGUGCGGCGGGUGGAAUCUCUGACGCAGCAGCUUCGGAUGAUGUACAGUGCACCUGCCGCCCAGGCAAACAUCUCAGCCCGGGCUAUCCCCUCUCCGGUAGCCUAAUGCUUCGUCUCACAGUCUGAGGUUUUUUUCGGGCUUUCGUUCAAUUGUAUAACUCUGUAGAACAUACUGCCGUCAGACGUUGAUCCCAAUGUGAUGGCAAAUAUUAAUGUAAACCAAUUGCACCUGAUAUUAAUUCCAAGUACUGAUCUCUGCCAUAACACGAUGCAGAUAUACUGGCACACGUAGAGCACUCACCCACAUUAGCCAGACUAAAAUCGCGCUCCUAGCGGUCGGCCUUACAGUUGCUACCACUUCAUUAACCCCUGCCAGCGAGAGAGUGUGCAAACACAGGCUAGCGCUCACAUCAUCCAGUCUGGGCAUCUGCGUAUGACUCUUUGAGCGGAUUUAGACUACUUUUGUUCAUUUAGUUUCUAGGUCUAGUAUCUAUAUAUCAGUGAAUAUUGUCUUCAAUUCUUUCACUCCUGUGUUUUAAUGCACUAUUGUAUUGGACAUUGAGUUAUAUAUUACAGGGCAAAUGGCGUUGUGCAGUCUGUACUGCUCAUAUGUUAUGUAUGUUAUGAAGCAAAUAUGCUCUCUCUAUAUAUGUGUAUAUUUUUACACAUUUACAUAAUUCAUAGUUUAAUUGAACAAUAUAAUGUAACUAUCUCGCGGUACAUUCCUAUAGAUACACUGCAUGUGUGUACAUGUAGGUUGUUUCAUCUAACAUUCGAAUCUGUAUUAUAACAGUUAUACUCUACACAUAAUGACACAUAUUGUCAGACACGAGGAUCAGGAGGAAUUUCAUAUGUGAGUAUGCAAUUGCUAUGGUGAAGGGUUAGCAUGUUCUCACGAAUCACAGGAAGCUAUGUUAGAACUUUUAAGGUUUGCUCCUUCAUCUUCUACACUUGACAUUCCUACAUUCACUACGCUACAAUAAAGAGGACAUUUGUUCUGUAUUAUGUA